AGUAUUAAUUCCACAUCCUUAGUCACGAUUGUGUUUGUGUAUAAGGAAAAACAUGCAGUUUAUUUUUGUGAUCAAGACGCGACGGACAUUUUGAAAUGAGUGUAUUUUUACUGUGGAGGUCGCCCCUGCAAGCUUGAGAAACCAGACAUUGAAGAAAUCAUCAACAACUUUCAAUAAAACCAGUCAAAUGAAAAAUCAUAUGAACAGGCGGCAGAGGGGUAAGACAUCUAUGGAGCGAGGGGAGUAGAAGAACUGUCAAACGCUACAACAACACUAGCGCCACGUACCGGUGUCACUCGUCCUCCAGUGCCGGUAAACUUGUCAAAUGAUUCUUGCAUACACGUUUUAUAAGUACAAAUAGAUUUAUUGUACUAUCUACUAAUAAAGGAGCUAUUUCUGUUCCUUCUCUCUCAAUCAGACCAAAGAAAAAAGGUCUGCAAAGGAUCGACUUCACUUUCCGACGUACAAGGUUAAACCACUACAAAACUUCCAAACUAGGUUAGAUGAAGUUCAAAUUAGUACACUUGCAGUCUUCACCAGCUUGAGAUAACAGACAGAAGACGCUCACCACAUUGAUAUUAUUUCAUCAAUAAAUUCAACUUUAGACGCUAUUACUAUGAACGUAAAAGAAUAUAAAAAGCGUGCAGGAACAUCGGGCAUACAAGGACAACUGUAUGAAACGAAACUCACCAGUCUCAUUAACUUUAGAGCCUUGCACAACGACACAACAGAAAGUUUCCAUCUAGCCUCAAACAUCGAUGAAAUCGGCACUUUUGAUGAUAUUUGUCUAAGAAUCAAAGUGUCUGAAUUCGAUAAACCUUUGGCUAUAUUCAUCCAAGCCAAACAUCGAGAAAAUGAUAAACUAUUCACGUUUAGCAACAAGAACGAUUUAGCCAAAUAUUUUGAUAGUUAUUUUAGAAUCAGACAAUUGUUCAGUCCUGCAAAUAAGAGUCCAAUUUUCGGUGGAAAAUACGAAGAUGUUGAAUGCUUUUUUGUAAUGUACACUACAGCUAAAGAUGACAAUAGAACUGAGGUACACGAGGGUGAAUUUGCUGAUUAUUUAAAUGAGUUUAUAGGCACAGGAGAACCUUGCCUACAACCUGUUUAUGAAGAUGAUCAUUUAGACUUUCUAUGCAAGAUUGUAAUAAAAGAAGAAAUUGUUUGCUUAGCUCAAAAUAUAGCUAAGUUUAUAACUGAACAAAGUAACACGGAACUAUCGAUGAACAAUGAUUUGAUACUGCGCUACCAUGUGCUACUAGCUAAAGAAGUUUUUGAAGUAACUGAGAUUCAAACUGAAGGCCAUCGAUUUGUGCAUUUCAGGGAAGAUUUCUUUGGUUCUAUAAACGAAUUUAUCGUUCUAUUUAAAAACUUAUUAUGUUUAGACAUUCUAAAGAAAAACAGAUCAGAAAUGAAUGAUGAUAAAAUGGAUAAUAUAGAUUCUAUUCUAUCAAAGUUUCUUGCCGAACCCAAGGAAGAACUACUAUCAAAAUUAAUAGGCAAUGUUAUAACUUACAAGAAUAAUAAAUUGGAAUUCAUCCACAAAUCUACUAAUGAUGAAUUAAAACGAAAGCUUGAUAAAUUGAAUGUACCACAAACUGUUGUCUUUAACGCAGCUGUAAUUGAAGCUAAAGAAUACUUACAAGGUCUUAAACUGAAGGUACCAGCAUUUUUUGGUAACAAAGACUUAGCCAUAAGAGGUAAUGAUGCGAAAAUAGACAAAAGAUUAACACAUUUAACAACAAAAUUCGUAGAAAUAUUCGAAAAUGGGAAGACAGACAAUGUAAUAACGAUCGACGAAAGUCUUGGUGAUGGAUUUCUGCAGUUGAAUGGAGGAUUAUCUUCAGCCGUAGGAAAUAUAUUAGUAUUUGAUGACGAUACAAGACUUCUAAAAUUCACAGACGAUUUCGAAUCACUGGGCAGCAUAGCCAAGAGAUGGUACGAAAGACUGACAAUUAAAAUCGACAAUCUAAAUGAAUACAGACUAGACGUCAAAGUGAAAAAGUUUCCUAAACUUUCAUUUGAAAGAGGAGAAUACGAUGUCAGUUUGGUCAGAGAUUUUUACGACAGAUUGCUCUUUUUUACUGACCAAUCAGACCAGAGUGGAGUAGAAGAUAUACUCAAGAAAGAAAUAGAAGAUCAUCCAUGUAAUGAUGCCCAUAACUUCAGAGUGAGAUCUGACGUAAUAUUCCUAAGGUAUCACGAUGAAAUACAAAAACUAUGGAUGACUCCAAAAAAAGGAUCGUAUUUGACGAAAAAGAGCAAAAUAUACGAAAAUGCUGUUACAAACGCUAUGAGUGAACCUUUGAUUGGAGUAUUAAAUACGAUGCAUAGGAUUAAAAACAAAGAUUAUGUAUUCAAAGAAGUAUCCCUGAAGAUAUUUGCAGAAAGUGAUGUUACAGGAUCUGUUAUAGCAUCAGGAAGCCCAGUAUUGACAGCAGUCAAAUUGGAACAGUAUUUAGGCAAAAAAGACCACACCGUGUUAGACUUAGAAUACAUUUUCAAACUCCCUGUUAAGAGUCAUACGAUAUUUUGCAAAGAACUGACGAAUUGUAAGGAUAAAAUACUCAUAAUUCUGUCGAAUAAAAUACAAAACUUUAGAAGUUAUAACAAGAAAUUAGAAAGUAUCGCCAAGGCUGUAAAUGGUAAACCAAUUAUAAUAGUCGUUGAUAAACCUUUAGUGAAAACUAUAAAAGAAUAUUUCUCGCAAGUCAAUGCUAUUGUAAAUGACGACCCAAACUCUCUUAUAGAUCUUACAGAUGAAUCUCAAAAAAAGGUCCUAGGAGCUGCUAAAGCAAAGUUUCAAGGUUUAUAUGUAAAUUUAGAUAUGAUUAUAGAUGAAGAAUCUGCUAAAUUAAUAGAUGAAAAUAUACUAAAUAAUAUUAUUGACGGUAAAUUAAUUAAAAUAGGAAAUAAAAUCAUAGAUUACAGCUAUAAAAAGAACAAAGAGUUUUACAUAGACAGGAUAGUCAGCCGGAAUGAGAAGCUGGAAGAAGAGGUGUUAGAAGUAAAAGAAGUAAUGACACAAACUCUAUAUGACUUACACGAUGACGUUGUACUGAUAACAGCUUUACCAGGAAUGGGCAAGUCUACUUUAAUGACUCAUUUGUCCUUAAAAACAAAAGAAGUAAACCCUAAGCUGUGGAUAUUAAGGAUCAAUUUGUUAGAGCACACAAAGGCAUUGAGUGAUUGGAAAGAUGGUGGAACUGAUAUAAACAUGCUAGAAAGUUUAAGAUUCAUCUGUGACGUAGCCAUUUGUAAAGAUCACGAAGAUUGUAAUGAAGAUGAUGAAUUUAAAAUUGAACUGGAAGAAGUACUUGGAACAGUAAUCUUAAAAAACGGGCACGAAGACAGUCUUAUAGAAUUCCAACUUCAAUUAUUUCUCUAUUACUAUAACACUAAGGAAUUAAUAUUCAUUUUCGACGGGUUCGAUGAAAUAUUCCCUCAUUAUGCCGAUCAAGCACUUGCAUUAGUCAAAUCAGUGAGAGAUUUCACUAGAAAACAUAAGAUUUGGAUCACAAGUCGAUCUUUUAAUGAUAUUAAGUUAAUUUUGGAAGCUGAAUUUGGACUUUCGUAUGAGAUAGAACACUUUACUCGAUUAGAACAAGACAGCUAUCUCUUCACUUAUUGGCAAUCAAAAUUGCAGUUCAAAAAACUAAACAGUGACCAACUACAAAAUGUAAACAGCUUUGUUCAAUUUAUACAGAAGCAUGUACCGACUGGAGAUUUCUGUCUCCAUAGCAAAAUUCAACAUACGCCGUAUUUUAAAGUGUACCUUAAUUUCUUGGAAUAUUUGAAGAAACAGUCGAUAGACACAGGCAUUAAAUUUUCUUACGACGAAUACAACAACCAUAUGCUUAAAUUCGACUCAAGGAAAAGUGUUAUAUCAUAUUUCACCAACGACUUGAUUGCACCUCCCCUUCAUCUGUACCUACUAGCCGAAUAUUUCCUCAACAAAAUAAAAAAUGUCGACCAACAUGAAAAUAAAUGGGAUUUUUAUAUAACAGGAUAUAUUUUCUACGAAUAUUAUAUGGAAACGAAACUGAAGAGAAUUAGGUUUCAAGAGAAAAACAAAAUUGAUGUUUAUAAACCAGACAAUAAAGUUGCUUAUGAAAAAGAAAGGGUAGAAUGCAUUGAUAAGCAUAAAAAAUUGGGUGCUUAUGCCAUUUUUUAUCCAAAUACAGAUAUUUUUGAAGAAGCAGAAUUACAAGAAAUGCGAACAAUGAUAGAUGAACUCAAAGAUGGAAGGGACAAAACUGGUUUAAUCCGGACCGUAGCAGAUAACAUACCAAUAUUCGUACACAUGUCGUUUGCUGAAUAUUUUGCAGUAGAGUACAUUUGCGAUCAACUUAAAUCACAAGACACAGAAGAGAAGCAAGAGAAAAUAUGGAAAUUCAUAAUCAAGGUAAUGUUCUGUCAGUGCGAUAUGAACAUUUUCGAUAUAUUCAACACGAAAUUUAAAAUGGAUUCGCAGUUGAUUGAAAUAGCAGAGAGGAACAAACAAAUGAUCCGUCAGUUGAUGUAUGAAUUGAAAAAUUUCGGGAUGGUGACUAGAUGGUCGGAUUACGAAAGAAUAGACAAAAUUAGCCGAGGUAUUGACUACAGGUAUACAGACAGAUGUCUACUGCUCACUGUAACCUAUUCUACGCUACUGGAUAAUGGGCAGAUCGACGAAAAUUCUUGUCUAGAUUUUGAGAAGUUCUUCCAAUUCUAUUAUUUAGUUAAUGAAGAGUCUGGUCUAAUGGCUGUUAAAGUAUGAUAGUUGCACGUGAUGGCAGAGUCGGAUUAAGCUCAGAGACGCCCGAGACAAGCACCUCGUAGUCGCCCCUAAUAUUUUUGUCCCCGCCGUCACUCUAUGUACAUUUGUACACGCGCGUCUCGCGGCGCCCCUCUGUAACCUGGCGCCCGGCACUUGUCUAGAGCGCCUUAGGGAUAAUACGGCUCUGCGUGAUGGCGUAGAACAGACUCCGUAUAAAAGACGCUGUUUUUGUAAUAGUGGAAAAUCAUCAAUGACGUCUCCCGCGUUGGGUGAGACGGGCGGGGUAUCAGACUCUUACUGACUAUACACCACUCCGUUCCUACUCCUGUUUCGAAGUAAAAGUCAAGUC